ACAAUAACAUCUUCAGUGGGAAAGAGAACCAGCUUCCUGGUGGUGACUACGCAGCAGAUUCUUGUAUGGAAGGACUACGAACCAGAAGGCCACCAUCUACGAUUCAUAUCAGCACACAUAAACAAUCCUAAGAGUCCAUGUUGAUCUUGCAAGUAGAAGGAUUUAAGAGAGAGAAGUCCCCACAGAAACCAAGAACCGUACCAUCUCCUUUAGCUCCGAAGGCCUACAGACAAUGGAUAUCAUAGAGACAGCAAAACUUGAAGGUCAUUUGGAAAGUCAAGCCAACGAGUCUACCACCACUUACACAAGCCCCACUGAAGCUGUAGAGGAAGAGGGCAAAAAUGGCAAGGGUAAACCCAAGACCUUAUCCAACGGGUUACGAAAGGGUGCCAAAAAAUACCCAGAGUACAUUCAGAUCUCCAUGCCCAAUGACUCCCGGAACAAAUUUCCCCUGGAGUGGUGGAAAACAGGCAUUGCCUUUGUGUAUGCCCUCUUCAACCUUAUCCUGACCACAGUCAUGAUCACCGUUGUGCAUGAGAGGGUCCCUCCCAAGGAGCUCAGCCCUCCACUCCCAGACAAGUUUUUUGAUUACGUCAACCGGGUCAAAUGGGCAUUUUCUGUAUCAGAAAUAAACGGGAUGGUACUAGUUGGGUUAUGGAUCACCCAGUGGCUCUUUCUGAGAUACAAGUCAAUAGUGGGGCGAAGAUUCUUCUUCAUCAUGGGAACUUUAUACCUGUAUCGCUGUAUAACUAUGUAUGUCACUACAUUACCUGUGCCCGGAAUGCACUUCCAGUGUGCACCGAAGCUCAAUGGAGACUCUCAGGCAAAAAUACAACGGAUUCUCCGGCUGAUUUCUGGCGGUGGAUUGUCUAUCACGGGAUCACACAUCCUGUGUGGAGACUUCCUCUUCAGCGGUCAUACUGUUGUGCUGACACUUACUUACUUGUUCAUCAAAGAAUACUCACCCCGUCACUUCUGGUGGUAUCACCUGGUCUGCUGGCUGCUGAGCGCUGCUGGGAUCAUCUGCAUUCUCGUAGCGCACGAACACUAUACCGUCGAUGUCAUCAUUGCUUAUUACAUCACCACACGGCUGUUUUGGUGGUACCAUUCCAUGGCCAACGAAAAGAACUUGAAGGUCUCUUCCCAGACGAAUUUCUUGUCUCGGGCUUGGUGGUUCCCCAUCUUUUAUUUUUUUGAGAAGAAUGUGCAAGGCUCAAUUCCUUGCUGCUUUUCCUGGCCGCUGUCCUGGCCCCCUGGCUGCUUCAAGUCAUCGUGCAAAAAGUAUUCACGGGUCCAGAAGAUCGGGGAGGAUAAUGAGAAGUCUACCUGAGCUGCCAAUCCGGCAGCGGCUUUGACACCAAAAGAGUCCGUGCUGUAACCAAAGGCGUAGCUUUGUAUUUAUUUUCAGAGAACUGACUGGUAAAAUGAAGUGGACCAAAUUUUAUGCAAAAGAUUGGAGCGAUGAAGUAUUACCUUUUGGCUUUUUUUUUUAUUCAUCCCAAGAAACAUAUAUUUCCCUGCGGCUCUUCAUUCGUUAAUGACAAAGCCCCCAAGCUGGAACUCUGAAGAGGCGGCAGAGAACACUCUAAGCCUCUCCUCGCCUUCCUUCACUUCCGCGUUCUUUCCAGAUUGCUUUUUUCCCUCCCUUCAAGGUCAGAAGAGUUUGCUAAUGUUUUGAAUAAAAUGUCUGGAUAUAUACAGCCACUGUGUAAAUACAGUCAGUUGAUGAUGGGAGGGGGUUUUACCAUGGAGUUUAGUGAAGGCGACCCACAGGUGGGUCAAGGUCAUUAGGGUGAUGUCUGGUAUUCCCUUCCCUCCCCCAACCCCCGACCCCGAGCAC